AUGGGAAUUUCAUCAUCAAAUCCUUUAGCGUCAUUUAAGAAAUUUUCAAGAGAAAGAGGUGUUAAACUCUUUGUGGCUGGAUUAGAUGCUGCAGGAAAAACAUCAAUGAUGUAUAAGCUUAAAAAUUUUCAACAAAAUUCUGCUGAGUUUGAACAUGGGUUUUAUUAUGAGAACAUUUGAAUUAAAAAUAUAUACUUUAUUAAUGUAGACGUUGGUGGGGCAAUGCGAUUUAAAGAGAUUUUUCAACUUUCCUACCAGGAGAACAUUAAAGGAAUUAUUUUGUUGUGGAUUCGAGUGACAGAGAUAGAAUUGAGGACGUAA